UUUGCAGCGUCGGGACGCCGACGUCGGAACAUCGCGUCAUCACUCAUCACACGGGAGAACACGUGCGUUCGGUAGCGUGUUCUAAUUUAAAAUCAAUCAGACUUGUCAAUUCCUCGAUGAAAAUGGUUUGCAUGUAAGAUAAGUCGAGUGUUGAUGGUAAAAGAGGAAUGUGAGUGUCCUGUAAAUGAUGAGUGUUUCCAGUCUGUGCCAUAUUUCUACCAUAUUUUUCAUUACUGUUUCAAUUAAUUUUGGAACAGGAGUGAAAAUCAACAAAUUGCAAGUUCCUGAGGUAAUCAAGCACGGAGCCCCUGUAAUUUUAGACUGUGACUUUACGUUAGAUGACACAGAAGAGGAUCUCGUUGUUAAAUGGUAUUUUAACAAGAAUAAAACUCUAGUCUAUCAGUGGAUACCUGCGUUGAAGCCUCAAGGUUUAGGCAUUUUAAAAGAUCGCUUGAAUCUUGAAUAUGCCGCCAGCGUCGAUGCGAAUAGUGUCCACAGAGCCCUGCAUAUCCUUAAGGCCGUUCCUGACCUCUCCGGGGACUAUACGUGCUCGGUAUCAACCCUCCAGAGCGAAGACAUCAGGACUAAAAGCAUGCUCGUAUUUGUGCCCGAAAAAGAGCUUCUUUUGAGGAGACUGGAGGCUGAGGAAGGACUCAUGCGGGUACAAUGUCUGGCAGACGGAGUAUUUCCCAGGCCAGUUAUGAGUCUGCACUCUCAAGAAAGGGAGAUCGAAGGGACCGAAGUCACAGCUCGCCUAAGAGGACAGCUGUACGAAGUAUCGGCGACAGCAACGCUGCCUGCGCUUAAGGACCCAGAGGAGUUCUCUUGCGAGCUUCGCAUCCCCCAGGCGAACUAUACAGUACGUCGAGAGACCGUCUUCUAUCCCGGUAACAAAGCACCUCUAAUUUUAAUGGAUAGAUGGCUGGCUUUCUCCCCUUGCAUAUUUUCCCUAUACCUUGGCCUAACACGUCAGUUUAUAGGUCUGUGCUAACUAUAGAUAAUCCAAAUGGACGACAAGACAAUGAUUCUAACGUAAAUUUUAGUGUGCAACUGAAGACUCACGCUAAAAACUAAAUGUUAUAAUGUUAUUUGUAUUAAUUUCUUUGAAGACUGUUUUCUGUAACACCUCCAUAUACGCAACAGUUACCAGCACUGAACAGAAACAAAAACUAGACAUUUCAACUGUAAAUAAAUUGUCGUAAAUAAGAAACAUUGCUUUUAGUAUUUCUUUUUGUAAAGUAUGUUUUGUUAAUCAAGACGAUUAAUGAACCAUAUUGAAAUAAAUAUAAAUGUAUCCAAAGUUAGUGUCUAAGAUAAUAACUAUUUGUGAUAAAAUUUAAUUCUAUUCAUGUUACGAUAAAACUAUUUCCUGAUUGUUUAUUAUAUGUUGGCCGUUGUACAUAUUACGUAGCUUAAAACUGAGUAAAAUCUCAA